UUUUUUUCAAGCGUUGUAGUUGCUUCUAGACCGGCAACAGGUGUUCACAUUCAUGGGUCACCCCUUUCUAACUCCCUUGGCACGCCUGUAGGGAAUCAACCAAUCAAAAUCCUCUUGUACUCAUGAAGAUGCUUUCCCAAGAAAAAGCUCCUCUCAUUCAGAAAAGAUUACAAACUAUUUUAAUAGUGGGAGUAAAGCUAAUUUAGAGUUAAGAUUAAGAGUUAAUGAAGAGGACAUGUCCACACUUUCUCACUGCAAAUUUGCCAUAGACCUCAGAAGUAUUGACUCACUAACUGCAGGAAACAUAAUGGUUGUCUGAAUUCGUCUCUUUGAAAACUGUAGGUGGUGAUUUGCAUAUUAGCAGCAGGAAUCCACAGAUUUUGGUCAUGAAUUGUCUCGUCACUUAAAAGAAUUACAUAAUUUGGACCAGAUGUCCCAGUUAAAAACUUGAUUUUUGUCACUGUGGAAUGAUAUGAAACUUUCUACAUAUUCUGCAGGUACCUCAUCUGGAUGAUUUCAUUUUAAAGUUAAAGUUUAGUAAACUAACUAACUAGUAGCAAGUACUGCUCCAUAUGGUGGAUAAGUCAACUUUAUUUACUUAGCCACCAUUUACUCAUAUAACAACCUUAAAAAGCCAGUUCAUUACCAUACAACAACCCAUCUGACAGUUCUUUAAAUACUUAAUGCUGAACCAGCAGAUGGAUAGCUGUGGUCUGUAAAGUGGCUAAAACAGAAACUCAGUGGUCUUGUCUUCAGCUACAGCACAAUUAACAGCUCUGUGAGAAUAGAAAACUUUAAAACACUAGCUCGUGCCUUCAACUAUGACAUGUUUCUAUCUCUUUAGAUUGAACAGAUAAUGGUGUUGAUUUGAGAGGUUUGCACCUUCUCCUCUGAUGGAGAGAGCAAAUCUUCUUGCCAUGGAAAUGGUGACCAUUCAACAACACCUCGCUUUGUGGUUUCCGUGACAGCAGAACUGUUAAAGUGCCAGCAGUCUCACCUGAAAAAAAAUAGCCACACACUCCCCUUGCACAGCCACAAAAAUUCAACCCCCUCUAUCUACACUUGACUACUUAUUCUAUAACAUCACCAUCUUUAACUAAUUCAUCUUUGAAAGAGUUACCUCCACAAGGACAAAAUAAAAUCCCAAUAUUUAAACUCACAAAUAAUCCCAAGCUCUUUGUGUCUGGUCUCAAUUUAAUGGAUUAUCUGAUCUCAGUGAUUCACCAUUUCUUAGCAGAAGAUAGAGACGGCGCUGCAGAGAGCAAAAAUAGUCACACAUAGCUCUUUUGUUAACAUGCAGAGUUUUUUCACAGCUCACUGUGUGCUCAGAGUUGGGUUAACCACAAGCGGGCUUAAUGGGAGGGGAGGGUGAAAAGGCUCUCAUGAAUUUUCUAAUGAAAACUGAAACUGUAUGAAGCGGUAGCAUGUUCAGGAGACAGAUAGACUUUAACAUGUCAGCAAGAUGCAAAAUGCUUCAUUUUGAAAUGUAGACAUUUUUGCACGUUACACCAGGAAACUUCUUGGAUGAAUUUCAGAGAAUAGAGCGAACUUCCUAGUUUAGCCCUGGUGGUAAUUUCAGCGCUUAAGCAACAGCUUCACUGUUGAGAAAGGAAGAGUUUAAGAGAGAGAGGACUAGUAUGAGCAGAAAUUGCUAAGAGUAGAGGAAGGAAGACAUAUACUGCAUGUGCACAUAAAUGUGUCCAUAUGUUGGCGUCCAGGGCGUUUCACAGUCAAGUUAAUGGGACAACAGCCAUCCCGUGGAGGAGCAGCUUGAGGAGACUGUCACUUCUGGAGAAGCUCAAGGGCUGCCAAGAAGCCUGGUGUCCCAAGGCACCCUGGGAUAGAGAAGAGGCCCAUGCUGCCAUAUUUGGUACACCUGUUGGGAGUUUCCUGGUUGUGAGGGACACUGUGACGACUCAGCCCAGCCUGCUGUGUGUGUCUGCUGGACCACAGAAUGAGGUGCUUGAUUAUGACAUCAAAUGCACAGGCACAGUUUUCCAGCUGUCUGAGUCUCGUCUUUCUUUCUCUGACCUGCCUCAGCUGGUGUUUUUCUACUCUCUGACCAGGGAUGUGUUGGCUGUUUGUCUGUCCAUACCUUGCUGGAUCUACAGUGUAACUGAGGCGAACAAAGAUCGUUUCUCUCAGCUCGAACCAAAAACUUGGCUUUCCACACCGGCUGAGCAACAGACUGAAGAAAUGACCCACAGGGAGCCAAGCAACAUGAUGUGUUCAAUACAGCUGACUUCCACCAAUGGAGCUCUGUGCAUUAUCAAUCCACUUUACCUUCAUGAACAUGGAGAUGAUUGGCUGACACACAGGCCGACUCCUCAACAGCCAUCAAAUUACAGACAAGAGCGACGUCUCAGCACCACCCGGGCGUGGGCAGGGGCGGGGUUGCUAAAUAAACGAGCCAUCUCGUUGGACCAGGAAUCUUCUACUGCCAGUACAGACACCUCAGGUCUAAUAAGAGCUUGGUCAGCUGAUUUCCCACCUAGUCCGCAAACCCCUCAAACCCCGCAAACGCCACAGAUGUCACAAUCCCUGCAAACCCCACAAACCCCGACAACGCCACAAACCCCACAAACUCCACAAACUCCACAAACACUAACAGGGGUGGUACUCAGGAGGUCCAGCCGUGAUUUACCCCACAAUGCCCUUCAAAGAGCAAGUACAGGGAGCCUGUCCACCCCUUCUUCCCCCAGAACCACAACAACUGAAAUGCAGCGUCACAGCAGCCCUGUGCCUCAGUCUCCUCAUAGGGUGUCCUGGAUCGAAAAUGGAUUUUGGCUGCCUCCACCCCGGCCCUCCUCUUAUCUUCAGCCUCCAUCACUGGAGCUUGACUCACUUUCAAUCAGCAGCAUCGAAGAAGAGCCGGAGUCUCAAAUUCCAAGCUCCACAUCUCAACACCCCUCAUCACACCGUUUGGCUGAUAAAGUCAUGAAUCGUAUCUCAGCUAUGGGCCAGGUGUUUGGUGGACUGGUCUCUCAGAAGAAGAGACUGGCUAAUCGUGUGAUUGAGCUGAGUGAGAAGAAAGGUGGGGCAUUCGCAGAGGCUGUCAAAGGGUUUGUGGAGAUGAUGCUGAGGGGAGGGACUGAUCCAAGCAGAGCAACAGGGCCUGAUUUCUUACAGGAAGUGAGAUCAGCACUCAUGUUACUGAGGGAGAUACUGCUGGACAAUCAAGACAUCCAGAUAUUACUGGAGAGUCUUUCUGACUUAAAUGACUCUGAGAUUGACUCCUUGGUGGAGAUUUCCCUUCACAAAGUGGCUCUAAAGCCCAUCUCUACCCACCUCUACACUUGCAUUCACACCUAUCGGACCAAUGAUGGAUGUUUUGAGCGUCUUCGAAGCAACCUGCGUGUGCUGGAAAAGAACAGUGUGGAGGGGCUUGGAGGAUCUGCAGGAGUGGGAGUUCCUGAUCCGGUCAGCCUGGAGCGGAUACAGCAGAGGUGGACAAGUAUGCAUGAGACAUACUCCCCAAACAAGAAGAUUCAGAUUCUUCUCAAAGUGUGCAAAAGCAUCUAUCACAGCAUGAGUGCUAAUGCUAGCUCAGGGACAGUGUUUGGAGCAGAUGAUUUCCUGCCCUGCUUGACAUGGGUGCUGCUCCACAGCGACUUGGUCACAUUACAGGUAGACACAGACUACAUGAUGGAGCUGCUAGACCCCAUGCAGCUGCAGGGAGAGGGUGGCUACUACCUUACAACGCUGUACGCCGCUCUGUACUAUAUCAGCAGCUUCCGGCCACGACUAGCUGCCCGCCAACUUAGCAUGGAGGCCCAAAACUCUAUAAACCAAUGGCAUCGCAGGCGCACCCUGCACUGUAAUCAAUCACGCCGCAGCAAGCAUAGACGGACAAUUCGGAGGCAGGUGUGUCGAGAGACGGCCGUGCAAAAGUCUGAGACAGAGAAUAGUGCUGAAGAAGGAAAGGAGAUAAAAGAUGAUUCUAACAUUGACGAACCAGAGCAGCAGAGUGAAAGCAGCACAGAAGCUGUGCCAGCGCUGAAGGACAAGACGAAGAUGGCACAAAAACCCAAGGACCAAUCAGAAACCUCUGCUCCUGCAUCAGACUGUCCACCUGUGACACAGCAAGUGAUGUCAAGCAAACAGGAAGAUGGAGAUUGUGUAUUCAGAGAGGACAAUCAAAGAGGACCAUAACAAAAAAAGAUAAAGACCUGAAAAACACACUGCCUCUUGACCUCAAAUUUUGGAGAGUUCCUCAAAGUUUUCCUUUCGAGACAAGCCCAUCCUACACAAGGUGAAAUUUACAUACAUGGCAGCUGCCAUAUUUGUGUCACCAUUUUUACUAUGGUGUCUCUGAAUGGAGAAAUAACUCUGAGCUUUAAAAAUGCAGUAAUAGCUUUGAUAGGUCCCAGAAUAGAUUAAUAAUUUUUAAAUGAAAAUUUAAAAAUGAAAAGCACAAUGUUACAAGGCGUCUGAUCCAGGUUUUUAAACCUGCAGCGUCCACCGCUUCACAAAUCCACUCCUUUGGACGUAAUUCCCGUUGUCUUCUUUCUUGCAGCAGUCAUUUAAACAUCAUAGAACAGCAACACUCAGCUGUGAAGUCAUGUCACAUUUUCAAACCUCAUCACAGAAUAAUUUUCCAUUAAUGACUAAAACUCUGUGACAAAAAGCACUGAGGACAGAUUCAACUUCUGAAAUGUCCUAAUAAAGAUUGUUUUACUGAGUGGAGUCUCUCUAAAUAUUUUCAAAGUUUAGAUCUCAGGUCACGUUAAAAUUGUCAAAGAAUAUUGGCUCCAUUUUAAGCCAUAAUACAGCUUAGAAAUUAAUACAAUUGCGGUAGAUUGUUGUUUAAUAUUUACUUCCACCAUGUUAAUGUAUGGUGAUUGGAUGGUGCCAAUUUUAUGCUUACAUAGCACAGGAGGGGGCGUAGUCAACCCUCAUGUGUCUGCCAUAGUGUUUACAUCUGACCUUAAUAAAAGGCACAUAGAAUAAAACAGUACACGGAUACACAAUUUUGUACUAGUGAUCCCCCGCCACUAGAUUCAUGAAAAUAUGUUUAUGUGUGGAAAAAUUUUUCCCCCUGACAGCCACCAUUUAUUCACAACUCUGCUUGGCAUUUGAAGUAAUAUCUUUCUCUUUUUUAGUACUAGAUGCCAGUAAUUUUUACACACUGUACCUUUAAGAGAAGGAGAUAUGGACAAUAAAAACCACAGACCAGCUUAAUGUCAGCGUAUACAGACACAUGCAAAACGCCAACGAUAAGUAUAACUAGCUUCCAAACAAAUAAAAAGUGUCAGUAAAGGUAAGGUCAUGUAACCCAAUUAUUUUGUCUUUACUUGUUUUGUAAAUUUUUAAAAAAUGGUCAGUGAAUUUGAAUUUACAUAUUUAAGUGAAUUUUUAAACUUACCAACAUCUCUGUGAAUGGGGUUUGUACUAUGCCUGUUCCCAAAAAGCCGAAAUGUUGUGUAAAAAUUUGAAAACACGCCACAAGGUGGGAACUUUUGUUGGGUUAUACUGUUGCCAUUGAUAAUCGAAUAAAAUGUAUACAAAUUUA